GCCGGGGCUCCGGCGGGGCCGUCCGCGCCGCCGCCUGACCCGCCGCCGUUCUGCCCCCAGCGCCAGCGCCGCGGAGAUGGAUUCGGGGGAGGACUCCUUCAUCCAGCUGCCCUGCCCCAGCGGCCUGGAGGACGGCUGUCUGGCGGCGACCCCCGAGCAACUCCGGCAGGAGAUCGAGCGUUGCAAGGAACUUUGUACCGCUCUGGAGCAAGACCAUGCAAAGUUACAAAUGGCCAAGGAAGCUGUAGAGCAAAGGACGCAAGAGCUGAGAAAAGAGGGAGAACUUCUUCAUAAAAAUCUUGAGCAACAAAUGUCUUUAAAGAGAGAUGAAGAGAGAUCCUGCCAGGUGGACGUUUUUUUAGCAGAGGAGGAGAACAACAGACUGAAGCAGGAGAAGCAGGUGCUGAAAAAGAAACUGGAAGAAGUGAGGAAGAGGGUCCUCUGUGAGGAUGCGGUAAUGAUGCUGCCUACCUUGCCAGAGAAGAAAAUGGUGUUUAAGGGACUUGCGACAAACAAGGAGGACAUGAACAAGCUGAUGCUCACCCCGCUGAUCCGCUACCCUCUGCUGGGGGGCUCAGCUCUCAUCACCUUUGAGAAGGCAGAGGUGGCCCAGAGGAUCAUAGAGGUGAAGGAGCACAUGGUGGAGCUGAGCUACGGAGAGGAGCUGGAGGAGCUUGACCGGUGCAGAGUGCGAGUGCAGGCAGCGCCGGUGGAUAUACUGCUGCCAUCUGCCCUGGAGAUCGGGCUGACUCGGAGCAGCAGGAGUAUUCUCCUGUCUGACCUGCCCAGCCUGGGCAUCUCUGAGGAGGCACUGCUGGACAAGCUGGAGCUCUUCUUCAGCAAGACGAAGAACGGGGGUGGCGAGGUGGAGAGCAGGGAGUUCCUGGAUGACUCUGGCCAGGUGGUGCUGACCUUCGCGGAGGACGGAGUGGCAGGGCCGCUAAUUGCAAGAGGACACAUCCAGGUGCUUAUUGGGAAAGGAAAAUACAAGCUCAAAAUAUCACCGUGCAUGAGUGGAGACAUCACUAACCUGCAGCUCCAGCCCUCCUGCUGCCCCAGGACCGUCCUGCUCUCGGGGAUCCCAGACGUGCUGGCUGAGGAGCCCAUGAGGGACGCCCUGGAGAUCCACUUCCAGAAGGCCAGCCGCGGCGGGGGAGAGGUGGACGCCCUCGCCUACGUCCCGGCAGGACGACAGGGGGUGGCCGUUUUCAUGGAGGACGCGGGCUAGGCCUGGCCAGCCCCGUCCGCCCGAUGCAGCGGAGCUCUGCGUGGCCGCUGGUCCCUGGGCUUAGUGGGAAUUAAAGCAUCUGCAGGGA